AUGGAAGGAUGCGCACGGGCUCGCGGUUCGACUUCACGCACGCCAUGGUCCGGGCAGGGGCUUCAACAGCUUUUGAGCACUGGCCACUUCCACUCACCCCCUUGCAACCGGGAAUCCUCGAACCGAAGCCUGUACCGCAGAUCGUUGGACCCUGAGUUUAAAUGCUGCCCAACUACCUACUACAUAUCCUAUUCCCCAUGUUCCGAAUUCCGAUACUCAGGGGAUGCGAAUAGGAAGCGUCACACCAUGGGCUACAAUUAUAAUUACAACUACAACUAUUCCAACUCGUUCAUCGAGCAUCUUCUGGGGCUAUCGGAAUACGAUUCUGCACCUUCGGAUGUGGAAUGGGCUUCAUUGGACUACACGCACAGUGUCUCAGUUGGCGCUGUUAAUAAUAACACCGCAGUUCCAAAUGUUCCAAACACCGGCCACUCGCUAAACGCCAAAGUUCCGAUCCCGCGUAAUUCUACACCAGGCAAUACCAAGGUCCGCGGUCGAGUCAGUCGAGCGUGUGAAGCCUGUCGCGAGCAGAAAGCAAAAUGCAGCGGACAACAACCUUCUUGUUUUCGAUGUCAACAAACGGGCGUGAAGUGCUUUUAUGGAGACCGAAAGAAGGAGAAGAUAAUAAAGCAAUUAACGGACCUCACUGUGCGAGCCCAAACGUACGAGAAUUUACUACGUACGCUUUACCCGCACCUGGAUAAAUCAUCUGCAGAACUCAUUGAGCAGGCCUUGACUUCCACACCUGUCAAAACUCCAAAGGCACCGCAGAUGCCAUACGGCUCGAUAUUUUCCCUCGGCGCUUCAGAUUAUACGGAAGAAGAUCUGAAUCAUGAUUCUAGGCUGCAGUCCAUCGGGUUUAUCGGCGAGCCUUCGGAAAUGGCAUGCCUACACCGACUCAAGCGCCAACUUGAUCAAGAUCCUCAAGCUUCGACCUUCAGUUCUGAUCAAUCGAUCUCUCACACGAACUACUUCUUGGACGAUACCCCUUUCCCUCAUGGCGAGGAUGCAGACCUAGAAACGUGGCCCUCUCAGCUAGCAGCGGAUCUCCUUGUAUGUCACUACUUCGAGGUUAUACACCCCACCUUCCCGGUGAUUGGAAAGCUGGCUUUUACCAGUCAGUACCGGAAGUUCUAUUCAAAUGCAGAUGUGCGACCGGGCAACCGAUGGCGCGCACUUUUGAACAUGGUUUUCGCCAUCGCAGCGAGACAUUUACUUCUCCGUGAUGUCCAACCUUCAAUCGAAUUCGAUGAUCACGAGGUCUUUUUUUCACGAGCUUGGAAACUCAAUACGGAUAAAGCAAUGCCACUGAAUCACUCGGACCUGCAACAAGUACAGAUUGAUGGCCUGAUGGCCUAUCACAUGUUCUCUGUUGGUCAUAUCAAUCGAUCAUGGCGAAUCAUCGGCAUUGGCAUCAGAUCUGCUAUAGCAAUGGGAAUCAACCUCCGCAGCAACGCCGACAGCAUUACCCCAUUAUCAAAAGAAACCAGAUACCGACUCUGGUGGGCUCUCAUAAUUCUCGAGAUGGUACUGUUCCCAUACCCGGAGGAGGACUUCGGGAACGAACUGGGCAUGCACCGUAUCGCGGAUCACACCAGUCGAAGCCCCGCCAUCUCCUGCGUUUUGCCCAACAGUUCAAGCACAUCCUUGGACAACAUAAUGACAGGCAGCCCGCACCCAGUGAAACAAGAAACCAAAGCCGGGGUGAAAUUCGAACCCGAAGAAUUCGCCGAGGCCCCCAUCCUCAACAACUCGCUAUUCCUACUAUACACCGUCGAAUUGUCGCUCCUAAUGCGAGACGCCGUGACAACGCUCUACGCUCCAGCAGCCGUGCAAAAGUCCUGGCACGGCAUCGAGAUCGCCCUGUGCACACUCAACGGCGACGCAGAUAAAUGGCUCUCCCGCCUACCGCCCGAACUGUCAUUUGCCGAUCUCCGUCCAGGCCAACCAUUUCUCCGCCAACGAACAUGCCUCGCGUUCCAGUUCUAUUCCACCAAGCUUGUCAUCUCGCAGCCAUGCCUCCGCCCGCUAGCCGAUGAGCUAUUUGAGGUUAACUCCGUUGUCACUUUGUGUACGAAUAUGGCCACAAUGUGUGUGCAGAUGGCGAGCCUCAUCCUUGAUAUCCUCCCCGAUACGCCUGAUAUGGCGCACUUGGACAUUCUUCCGCCGUGGUGGGUUGUUUUCCAUUAUUUGAUGCAGUCGACGGUUGUGCUGCUGGUUGAAUUGUUCACGAGGGCGGAAGCGGGUACGCCUGAGGCUGUGGGUAUUUUGACGAAUGUGAGGAAGGCAAUGGGUUGGUUGGAGAUGAUGUCUAGUCGGGAUCUUUCUUCGAUGAGAGCUUGGGUUGUUUGUAUGGAUUUGUUGUCGAGGCAUGGUGAGAGGCUGGAGUUGAAGGUUGGGGAUGAGGAUGAAGAGGAUUAG